GCUCGGCGGCGGCCUGCGCCGCCCGGGGGCUCGGAGGGUGCCGGGGAAGCCCUGCCUGCGAGCUCGGGGCCGCCCUGCGUGUGAGCUCGGGCUGCUCGGGGCCGCCCGGCUGAGCUCCGUGUCAUCCUGCCCUCGCUGCGGGCGUGGGGAACCCCGGCGCGCCCCGCCUGCAGGCGCGGGGAGCUCGGGAGCAGCGAGCCUGCAGGCCCGGAGUCACCCUGCCUCGCCUGUGAGCUUGGGAAGCCCUGGGGAUGCCGUAGCUGCGAGCUCAGGGACGCCCGGCCUGUAAACAUGGGGAGCUGGGUGCACCGUGCCGCUGACCUCGGGGACACCUUGCCCUGCCUGCGAGCUUGGGGAGCCCUGGGGAUCCCUUUCAGCUCAGAAGGUUUGGGGGUGGCCUCUUUGGGGGUGAACUUAGGGACGUGCUGCCCUUCCUGCAGUCUGGGAAGCCCAGGUGCACUCUGCCUGUGAGCUCGGUGCAUCGCCUGCCAGCUUGGGGAAUCCCAGGGAUGCCAUGCCUGAGAGCUCAGGGAGCUUAGAAGCACCCCGCUAAGAGCUCGGGGUGCUCAGGGAUGCCCUCCAUGCCCAUGAGCGCACACACAGUGUCCCUGUGAUCAGGAUGGUCAGCUGGCUCUGACCCUCUGCAGUUUUGUUUCCCUUGAGGUCCAGGUGAGCACGACGUCCUGCUGGGUUGCACCACGGUGCCUCUGCACAGCCAGGGAGGGAGGGAUCAGUUCUACUUGCCUAGCCUUCACCUUGUGUCCACAUGUGCUGUGGUGCAGAGAUGGAGCUGUGGACACUCCAGGGCUUUGCCUGCCCUGGCUUUGUGGUGUGAGCAUCCAGAAGAGCUGCCAGCAUGUCCCGCUUGGCUGUGCUGUGCACUGUGGCCAGUUACAGGUGGGCAGUGGCCGGGCACCACGUGGGGUGAGCACCCACUCCUGGCGUGGCAGCUUCUGAAUCGAGGCAUUUCUUUUUUCUCCUUUCCGUAUUUAGCUGUCACUUUUUAAGUCUUUCCCCAGGAAGAGCAGCUGGGGAAGGUUACGAGAGGUCCGCCACCGAGGAAGCUGGCUCUUCCUCUUCCUUUUCCAUUUCAGAAGCUGCUUCCAUGCUGCCUGGCUCUGGCGGGCUGGCUGCUUCCCCGUGUGGGGCUGCAGCUGGGUGCUGGCCUUGGUGACCCCACAGCCAUCGUUGGGCCGUGGGAGGGGGUCGGUGUCCCUGGGACCCCUUGGCAGGCUCACCGUGCCGUGCCGCUGGCCUUUGGCACCACUUGGCACCUGGAUACAUCUUAAUGCACCGUGUGGAGCCAGCGCUGCGCCGCACUUCUUAUCUGCCCCGUGCCGGCUGCCUGCCCCUGCUGUUUUGUCUGCGGCACCGUGUGGCCAUGGCUGUGCCACGGGGAUGGGCUGCAGUGUGCGUCACUGUGUGCCCGGCUGUCACCCAGAGCUUGGUACCACCACAUCGCCAACCUCUGCGUGGGGUCGGACGAGAUGCAGGGCCAUGUGCUGCCCCUUCCCCUCCCGCUGCAGAUCCCCUUCGUUCUGCACACCCGUUGCCCAUUGUGCUGGGAUUUCAGCUCGCCAUACUGACUCAGGGCCCCCAUAGGAGCCGAGCAGGGCGCAGAGCCAGACCCCCAUCCCUGGGGCGUUUCCCAGCCCAGCUGCGGGGCGAGGGCGCGCAGGAAGCAGGCGGGAGCUGCGGCUUUGGGCGGGACGGGGGCUUCUCCGCCGGGAGCUGUCAGCUGGAAGCCAUCAGCAGGGCGGAGAGAGCCUCCCUUCUCAGGGCCACACACGCCGGUGGCCCCGCGGGGACGCAACCGGCGGUCCCAGCCAGCACGUGGGCACGGCGCGGCACCGCGGAGAUGCCGCUUUGCUGCCUGGCCAACAUCCCACUGACUCCGGAGACCCAGCGGGACCAGGAGCGACGGAUACGCAGGGAGAUCGCCAACAGCAACGAGAGAAGGCGAAUGCAGAGCAUCAAUGCUGGCUUCCAGUCGCUGAAAACCCUCAUCCCGCACACGGACGGGGAGAAGCUCAGCAAGGCGGCCAUCCUCCAGCAGACAGCUGAGUACAUCUUCUCCCUGGAGCAGGAGAAGACCCGGCUACUACAGCAGAACACCCAGCUCAAGCGGUUCAUCCAGGAGUUCAGCGGUUCCUCCCCAAAGCGGCGACGAGCGGAGGACAAAGAUGAGGGCAUCGGCUCACCAGACAUCUGGGAGGAUGAGAAGGCCGAGGACCUGCGGCGAGAAAUGAUUGAGCUCCGGCAGCAGCUGGACAAGGAGCGCUCGGUCCGCAUGAUGCUGGAGGAGCAGGUUCGCUCGCUGGAGGCCCACAUGUACCCUGAGAAGCUGAAGGUGAUUGCUCAGCAGGUGCAGCUCCAGCAGCAGCAGGAGCAGGUGAGGUUGCUGCACCAGGAGAAGCUGGAGCGGGAGCAGCAGAUCCGAACCCAGCUCCUGCCAGCACACGGUCCCCCAGCACCCACCCACCACCCCACUGUGAUCGUACCAGCACCGCCUCCCUCCCAUCAUGUCACCGUGGUCACCAUGGGCCCGUCCUCGGUCAUCAACACAGUCUCCACGUCCCGGCAAAACCUGGACACCAUCGUUCAGGCCAUCCAACACAUCGAGGGCACGCAGGAGAAGCAGCUGCAGGAAGAGGAGCAGCGGCGUGCCGUCAUCGUGACGCCCGCACGUGCCUGCCCAGAGCCCUCCGCCUCCGACACCGCCUCCGACACGGAGGGCAACGACAGUGACUCCAUGGACCAGAGCAAAGAAGACCCUUUGGGGGAAGGAGAGCUGCCCUGACACCCCCUGGCCUGCAGCCGGGACCGGGGAGCAGGGAGAGGGGGGGAAACGUCAGAGAAUAUGCUGAAAUUUUUAAAAAAUACGUCGCGAUUUGGGUCUCUUUUAUGACCUUUUUCCAAUACUGUAACGCUGGAAGCGGGCGCCGUUCAGUGCUCAGUUCCCAGCGAGCGGGGAGAAGGGGGGGCUGGGGCGGGGGGGGGCAGCGAGGGGGGACAGAACUGGAAGCGGGGUGCAGCUGAGCAGCUUCAGGAAGGGGCUUAGGGCUGGGGGGGGUCGGAGCCCCUCCUGGUGCCACCAAACUUCCCCCCACCUGCAGGAAACCCUGCAGAACCAAAGCCAGCCGGGUUUCCCUUGGGAUGCUGCAGGCGGGGGGUUGGGAUUUUUGAUUCCUUUUCCUUGUUGUUUUUUUUUUUUUUUUUUUUUCAUUCUGUUUGAAAGUUUCAUUUUUAAGCAUGGGGGGAAGAGGGGGGGGCACACUCGGUGACCGCAGCAUCGGUGCCAUGGGGAUCCUGGGCUCCUUUUGCAGCAGCCACCCCCAGCGCUCCCCUUCCUGCUCCCCUCCUUCCUUUAAGCACUUAAUCCGGUUUGCGGGGUUCGUCAGGUCAGAAGAGCUUUUCUGUUUUCGUGAUUGUGUCGCUUCUACUUUUUGUUGUGGGCAGGGGGGCCCCACUUCUGUCCCCCCCCACCCCCCCCGUUUGGCUGUAGGGUUUAGGCCAGUCGUGUGUAGAGCCUUGUUGGUAUUUGGUAGGUUCCUCCCCAGCCACAGCUGUUUCUCUCUCGGUUUCUUUCAUUGUUUUUUAAUUUUUUUUUGGUUUUUUUUUUUUUUUUUUUACGAUUUUCAGGUCUUUGUGUUCAUUGAGAAGCUAUUAUAUUUUGUUAAGAAAGUGAAAAAAAAAAAAAGAG